AAGCAGCCCUCGGUCCUCCAUCUUGGGAGCUGUUAGCGCUUUGCGUUUCUUCUCUGGAGUGUGGGGAGAGUGUUCUCCAUCCCCUCUGACCCUGUGCCAUGGUGGUGGGCGACACCCGAGAGAGGACGCUGGUGUCCAGGAAGCCGGAAUGGAGCUGGUGUCAUUUGAAGAUGUAGCAGUGGAUUUCACAAAGCAAGAGUGGCAGCUUCUGGAUGCUGCUCAGAGGACCCUCUACAAGGAUGUGAUGCUGGAGAACUACAGCAGCCUGGUGUCCUUGGGGCAUUGUAUGACCAAACCAGAGUUAAUCUUCAAAUUGGAGCAUGGAUUUGCAUCAUGGAGUGUGGCUCAAGCCCCAGUUCUGAGCCUUCCUGAACAGAAUUUUCAAAAGCAAAUCCACGAGACAAGUCAUUAUGAAUGUAAACAAAGCCUGGAAACAUUCAAUAGGAAAUCACCCCUCACAAAAAAUCUGAGAAUUUACCCAGUUGAAAUUCCACACAUAUAUAAAGAAUGCACUAUGGUUUUAAUCAGCACAUCACAAUUCACUCUGCAUCUGCUCCCUCAUAAAGAUGAGAAGCUAUAUGUAUGUACAGAUAGCAGGUAUGCUUCAUCAUGUAAUCAAGACCCCACUGGCCAUCAGACAAGUCAUACAGGUGAAAGGCUAUAUAAAUGCGAAGAAUGUGGUAAAACUUUUUCCUCUAAAUCCAGCCUCCCUCGGCAUAGAAGAACUCAUACUGGUUUGAAACCUUACAAAUGUGAUGAAUGUGGAAAAGCUUUUGGCGAGAAGUCACAUCUCAGUAUGCAUCUUAAAAUUCAUACAGGUGAGAAGCCAUAUGAAUGUAGUGAAUGUGGAAAAACUUUCUCCCGUAAGUCACACCUCACAGGCCAUCAGAGAAUUCACAUUUGUAAGAAGACUUAUGGAUGUGAUGAAUGUGGAAAAACUUUCUGCCAGAAGUCACACCUCACUCUCCAUCAGAAAAUUCAUACAGGUGAGAAGCCAUAUGAAUGUAAUGAAUGUGGAAAACCUUUCCUACAGAAGUUCCUUCUCACUAUGCAUCAGAAAACUCAUACAGGUGAGGAGCCUUAUGAAUGUAAAGAAUGUGGGAAAACAUUCACCCGGAAAUUCUUACUCACUGUACACCAGCGAACUCACACACGUGAGCAGCCCUUUAAAUGUAAUGAAUGUGGCAAAAGUUUCUCCACAAAGUCAAUUCUGACUGCACAUCAGAGAAUUCAUACUGGUGAGAAACCAUAUAUAUGUAAUGAAUGUGGGAAAGCAUUCAGGGAGAAGUCACAACUCACAGUUCAUCAAAAAACUCAUACAGGUGUGAAGGAAUAUGAAUGUAAUGAAUGUGGAAAAACUUUUCUUAUCAAAACAUACCUCAUUUUGCAUCAAAGAACUCAUACUGGUGAGAAACCUUAUGAAUGUAACCAAUGUGGGAAAACGUUCAGCCAGAAGUCAAGUCUAAAUGUGCAUUUCAAAAUUCAUCAGAGAACUAAUACCUGUGAGAAGCCUUAUAAAUGUAUUGAGUGUGGGAAAACGUUCAUUUAUAAGUCACAUCUCACUGUACAUCAGAAGAUUCAUACAGAUAGGAAGGCAUGUGAAUAUAAUCAAUCUGGCAAAGGUUUCUGUUCCAAGUCAGAUUUCAAUGUGCAUUAGAGAUCUGAUACGAGGGAGAAACCAUAUAUAUGUAAUGAAUAAGGGAAAUCUUUAUUUGCCAUGUCAAAAUUCAGUCAUGGGAGAAGGAAGGUGCUUGCUAUAAAAAGCCUGACAAACUGGGUUUGUUUCCCUAGUACCCAUGUUAAGCCAAAUGAACAAACUAGCGUGUGCAUCUGCAUUUUGCUUCCAGUACAACAAGGCCCUGGUGUGUUUAUUCUUUUCUUCUUGCAAAUAAACAAACAUGUUUUUAAAUACGA